GGAGCGUACCGCGGAUUCCGCAGCCGUUUCCGCGAUGCUCGAUGUGCAAACUUGGCCCCAAAAAAUUCCUCCUUUCUCCUAAAGACCUGCACAGUACCGCUGGUCGUUAAUAGUGGCUGCGAAAUAGAGCGGCUGGUCUCCUGAUUAGAAUGUUGACAAGGCUAAUUAUUUUAUUUUGGAAUCCAGAAAAUCACGGCAGAGAUGGCCGCGUUUCUGCAGAAGUUGCGUCAGAAGGUGAAAGUUGGAGUCGUGGGUGGUUCCGAUUUUGAGAAGAUUAAGGAGCAGCUUGGCGAUGACGUGGUUGAAAAAUUUGACUACGUUUUUCCUGAAAACGGUCUUGUAGCUUACAAAGAUGGGAAAUUCUUGAGCAAGCAGAACAUUCAGGGCUACCUGGGCGAGGACGUACUUCAAGAUGUAAUCAACUACUGCCUGAGUUACAUUGCGAAGAUUAAACUGCCCAAGAAGAGGGGCACUUUUAUUGAGUUCCGAAACGGGAUGUUAAAUGUGUCCCCCAUUGGAAGAAGCUGCAGCCAGGAAGAACGAGUUGAGUUCUAUGAACUUGAUAAAAAGGAACAUAUAAGAGAGAAAUUUGUAGCUGAUUUACGAAGAGAAUUUGCAGGAAAAGGCCUCACAUUUUCUAUAGGAGGCCAGAUAAGCUUCGAUGUGUUCCCAGAUGGCUGGGAUAAGAGGUACUGCCUAGGAGUCAUUGCCAACGAUGGAUACAAGACUAUUUAUUUCUUUGGAGAUAAGACUAUGCCAGGAGGGAACGACUAUGAAAUUUUCACAGACUCCAGAACAGAAGGCCACAGCGUCACAUCCCCACAGGAUACAAGAAGAAUCUGUGAAGAGCUAUUUUUUAAAUAAAAGACUUUUAGAAUUCACACUUACAAACGGUUAAGACAGCUUUAUAACUCAAAACGUCUUCGUUCUGUAUUGCUUUUUGUAAUUGCUCAUGAACAGCAAGUGCUUUGCAGGUCAGUCUUCACUGAAAGGUUUUAAUUGAAGAGAACCUUGCUGACCAUGGAAUACAGCAGAACUCACUGAGCACUGUCCUUCACUGUUUCUAUUCACGCAAGUACUUUUGUUUUCUUUGUGGUUAUGUUUUUUGGAUUAGUUUUUAAGUCAUCAGUAACUAUUCCUUAGCUAAUUAAUUACAUGACUUACGGUCUCAAAAUUAGCCUGCAAGGCUCUAUCCCUAGUUUUUAUUUUGAAGCUGCUAUUCAAAAGAUGUUUUAAGAACUGUUUUUUCAAAAUAGUACCUUGUGCUAUGAAGACAUCGGUUAAUUAUAAGACAGUUGGGAUUUUCUUGUUUAAAACUGGAAGAUGAGUAAAAGAGGCAGGUUUUAUUUCCUUCUGGGUGUGGGAAGAUGGAUCUGAGCCACAAGUCCCUGACCUCACCCCUGUUGCAGUGUAUGCUCAGAGUCUCCCACCACGGGCGAGGCUGGACCAGCUGGUGCCAAAGUUACCUCCUCGGUAGAGAUGAGGUGCCAGUACACAGUACAGUUCAUAGUGCCUGCACUUUUUGCAGACUUUUUAAUUCUAAAAAAUAAAUUUAUAAAAAUUAAAAUAACUUGAGCACAGUAGCAAAAUGUAUUUGUCACUAAUUACAUUUCUGAUUUUCCUGGUAAGACAUGAAGGGUAGAUGAGAUUCUAAGUACUAAGAAAAAUGACCUAAACUAUGUUUCUAUUAAAAUUCAAGUUGAAGCAUGA